GCGGAAGUGAAAUAGUUUGAUAACCUCGUUCGACUUUGCUAGUUGUGCGCCACAGCCUGCCGCUGUCAGUGUCUGGGUGUUGGACGGAAAACACCAAAUUAUUCAGUAAACGGGGCGCCGAGUCCAGCCGCCCAGCAUGGGCUGCUUCCCUCGUAGUUAUUUCACUGUUUUCUUGUUAUGUUAUUACAUCCAGUUCAUUGGCCGAAAGUAAAUUCUCCUUCGCCACUGGUCUAGCUGUGUGGAUUUGUUUUGCCACAGACGACAAUGGACCGAGUAAAAAGCUCCAUGCAGCAAGUCCCCAACGCUAUCCCCAAAGUGAUCCGACGGACUGGGGGGGGCAACAGUCUGGAGCUGGAGAAGGAAAACUUUGAAAGAGGACAGGCUGUCAGCAUCAAUAAGGCCAUAAACACACAGGAACUUGCUGUCAAAGAAAAGCGAAGGGAGACCUGCAUCCUUGGGACCCAUCAUGAGAAAGGCGCCCACACGUUCUGGGCAGCUGUCAACAGACUUCCUCUCUCCAGCAACGCAGUGCUCUGCUGGAAGUUCUGCCACGUCUUCCACAAGCUGCUGCGAGACGGACAUUCGAAUGUGAUAAAAGACUCCAUGAGGAACAAAGCUGAUUUGACAGAUAUGAGCAGGAUGUGGGGUCACCUGAGCGAAGGCUAUGGAAAGUUGUGCAGCAUCUACCUCAAACUGCUCAUCACCAAAAUGGAGUUUCACAUCAAAAACCCACGUUUUCCAGGCAAUCUGCAGAUGACCAACAGAGAGCUGGACGAGGCAGGAGAAAACGAUGUCAACAACUUUUUCCAGUUGACAGUAGAGAUGUUUGACUACCUGGAGUGUGAGCUCAACCUCUUCCUGGGCGUAUUCAGCUCUCUGGACAUGUCUCGGUCAGUAUCGGUGACGGCAGCGGGUCAGUGUCGUCUCGCACCGCUCAUCCAAGUCAUCCUGGACUGCAGCCACCUCUAUGAUUACACUGUGAAGCUACUGUUUAAGCUGCACUCCUGUGAGUCUCACACACACACACACAUUCUCUCGAUGAUGCAACUAAACAAGCACCAAGUAAAAACAUUCAUCUCAGCUCACAUCCAAAUUACACGUAACAUGCGUUGAAAUGAGCUGGCUUAAAUUCAGUUGUAUCACUUCCUCCAGAACCCUCCUAACUUCCUACGAGCGUCAGCACUGUCGGAGCACAUCAGCCCUGUGGUCGUGAUUCCAACUGAGUCUUCAUCCCCUGAGUCUGAACACAUGACAGAGACAGACGACCUGGUGGACACGGAUGUCACCCAACUGCCGGCUCCUGUAGAGACAAAGUUCGACAACUUGUUUGGAACCUCGGCUGCUGCAGAUCCGUUCAACUUCAACAAUCAGAACGGCAUGCGUAACGAUGACAAAGACCGACUGAUUGAACAGUUGACCAAGGAAAUCCAGUCCUUAAAAGAAGAGCUUGACUCCUUCAGACUAGAGAGUGGCCGUUUGUGUCAGGUGCUCCGGGGGCGUGUUAAUGAGCUCGAAGCGGAACUUGCUGAGCAGAGCCACCUGAGGCUGCAGGCUAUGGGGGAGAGCGAGUUCCUGAAGGCAGAGCUGGACGACCUGAGGAGGGUCAGGGAGGACACGGAAAAAGAGCAGAGGAGCCUGACGGAGAUCGAGAAAAAAGCUCAGGCCAAUGAGCAGCGUUACACCAAACUGAAGGAGAAGUACACAGAGUUGGUUCAGAGCCAUGCAGACCUGCUCAGGAAGAACGCAGAAGUGACGCGGCAGAUAACGGUGGCUCGAUCAGCACAGGAUGAGGUGGAGGCGGUGAGGAAGGAGAUGCAGGAGAAAGUGAAAGCAGCUCAGGAUGCUGCAGGCAGACAGGAGAGGCAGCAGCUGGAGAGUCUACAGGAGCUUCAGAGGGAGCUGGUAUCAAGCCGGGCAGAACUGGACUCCCUAAAAACGACCGCAGCUUCAUCACAGCAGUCAAGUGAAGCGCUCAGCACCGAGCUUGCCGCCAUGCAUUCGGAGAAGGCCGAGCUUGUGAAGUCUUUGUCCAAGGUGGAGGCGGAGCUGGUGGCCCAGGGAGAGGAGCUAGAACGGGCCCAGACCUCACUCACGGCGGAGAGGGAAUGCGGCGUGAAGGCGGCGGAGUUGCUGCAGAAUCAGCUGAACGAGAAGGAGAGCAGAGAACAGGAAUUGGAGAGACAGCUGUUAGCAUCUCGCUGGUCCACUCUGCAGGGAGCGGUGGAAGAGGGGGAGAGGAUCAUCCGAGACUCGCUGGCUCAGAUCGACGACCCUGCACACAUUAGCUGCACCAGCUCUGCAGACUACCUAGCAUCUAGAUGUCGGGCUUCCUUGGACUGUUUGGAUCGUCUGCAGUCAGCUAAAGAGGCCUUCGUGAAGGACGGUGCAGAUGUGUCAGAGCUGCUGCGAGUGCUGACACAGUAUGGUCACAUGGUGGGAGACAGCAUCGUUCAGGGUAGCGCCUCUUCCCACAUGGUGCCUGUGGAGCAGGCUGAUGAUUUGUUGUUGUUGGCUGAUGGUGCUGUCCUCCCCUUGUCCUCGUCAGCUCUGUCGGAGAGCGUGAAGAAGUGCGGUGCGGAGGCGCUGACUCUGCUGGGACGGAUGAAGCAGCGGGACGACCUGGCUGCAGCUGACGGCAGCAAACUGAGGACAGUUCUGGAGGACAUCCUGGCCACUGCUCUGAAACUGCGUCCUCGUGGUCUGGAGCUGCAGCAGGGGGAACUGGGAGAUCUAGUGGAGCAGGAAAUGGCUGCCACGUCUGCUGCUGUGGAAUCAGCUGCUGCUAGGAUAGAGGAAAUGCUUAACAAGUCUCGAGCUGUUGAUACAGGCAUCAAGAUGGAGGUCAACGAAAGGAUCUUGGCCUCGUGCACAGAACUGAUGCAGGCGAUCAAGGAGCUCAUUUUGUCUUCCAAAGACUUGCAGAGGGACAUCGUAGAAAGUGGCAGGGGGGCAGCAUCUACGAAAGAAUUCUAUGCCAAGAACUCCCGCUGGACAGAAGGUCUCAUCUCUGCCUCCAAAGCAGUAGGGUGGGGAGCAACAGUCAUGGUAGAUGCUGCUGAUCUGGUGGUGCAGGGAAAAGGAAAGUUUGAGGAACUGAUGGUGUGCUCACAUGAAAUAGCUGCCAGUACUGCACAACUGGUAGCUGCCUCUAAGGUAAAAGCAGAUAAAGACAGUGCUAACCUGCGGCGCCUCCAGCAGGCCUCCCGGGGCGUCACACAGGCCACUGCUACAGUCGUGGCCUCCACUAAGUCCGGGAAGUCCCAAAUUGAAGAAACAGACACAAUGGACUUCUCUAGCAUGACUCUCACGCAAAUCAAACGACAGGAGAUGGACGCACAGGUCCUGGUUCUGGAGCUGGAGACCCGACUGCAGAAGGAGCGAGAGCGUCUGGGUGAACUGAGGAAGAAGCAUUAUGAGUUGGCAGGAGUAGCAGAGGGUUGGGGCGAGGAGGAGGAGGGCACAGGUUGAGGUCUUUUCCUUACCUCGUCCCCCGUCUUCCACCAUAACACUGACUUCUGCCUUCAGCAUCUUCUUCUCUUGUUUGUAGUAUUUUUUGACGUUUGUUUGUUUGUUUUUUAAGCCAAAUGAUAAGGUGCUUCUUUCCCACACCCGCUUCUUCACCUGUGUCUGGAAGCUUCCAUGUAGGAUGGCAUUAUCAAGAGAUCAGUGGAGGACAGGUUAUCAAAAGCAGGAAGACAAAAAUGGAUGAGGAGACAGUGAUGGAGAAAAUCAGCCCAGUGUUCCCGUCUGUGUCUGGAAACAACGAUGAAGGCGACCCGUUGAGUAUUUAUUGUCCUCCUGGUCUUCAACUUUUUUUUUUUUUUUUAAACCUUCUUUCCUUUUUUUUUUUUUUUUAAAUGAGGAGUCUCGUCAACAAUGAUCAUACGGGCAUAAGAUUCACUUCAAACGUCCCUGGACAAACUGAAGAAGGGACAAACUUUACAAAGAGGGAAAAUCACAUUUAAAGCUCCACUGCUCUUCAUCUGCUGCUUCAGUUGGACCUGCUGCUCCUCCAGUGUCACUUUUUUGUGUUCUAACUGUCAUUUACCAUUUAACCAACAGUCGCGUAGUAGACUUGAUUGAGU